ACGGAGAAGAGGUGGUGUGGGCAAACCGCUUCUCAGGCAGGUACUGCCGGAUGAAUGGAAGAGGGAGGAUUUAAUAUUUAACUCUUCUUACAUAUCGGGCCUUAAUGGGGGCGGAAAAUCUGAUUUUCUGUGCAUUCCAAGAACAAUUCCUGGGGGGUGACCUUUAGCACCGAGUCUGCUGAAAGGAAAGUAGCCGAGUGUUUAUCUGGAGAUGGCUGAAAGCUUUCCCUGGUGGAAGUUUAUGGAAGUGUUAAAGGGGGCGGAUAAUACGCUCUUUGGAGGCGCUUGGCCAAUGAUCUGGAGGGGCUUGGAGAGCAGAUCUCAGCUGGCAGACAUUUAAAUGGGAGACAGCUCGGCGCUGCUGCAAUUUGUAAUCAAGACCCGAGACUCCCUCUAUAUGGACUCCCUGGCAGCUCCAGGCUCUUAUCCCACUGCAGCCUCUAGCCGGCCAGCGAAGUGACCCACCCCAGGCCGGAGACCUGUGCAGAGCAAGAGAACUCACCGCUCCAGCUGAACAGAGACCGCAGCGGAGGGCGAGCAGCCGCCAGAGCAGGAUGGUCCGCACAGUGUAUGCUGUUGGUGGUCUGCUUCUUCUAGCUGGACUCCUGAUACUCCCAGCAGAAGGGAAAAAGAGGAACCGUGGAUCUCAGGGAGCCAUCCCUCCUCCAGACAAGGAUCAGCCCAACGAUUCAGAGCAGACACAGACAAAACAGCAGCCAGGUUCAAGGAACCGAGACCGGGGCACACCAAUGCCUGCUGAAGAGGUGCUGGAGUCUAGCCAGGAAGCAUUACAUGUCACUGAGCGCAAGUAUCUUAAGCGGGAUUGGUGCAAAACUCAGCCCCUCAAACAAACCAUCCAUGAAGAAGGCUGCAAUAGUCACACUAUUAUCAACAGAUUCUGCUAUGGCCAGUGCAAUUCCUUUUACAUCCCAAGGCACGUCCGCAAAGAGGAAGGCUCUUUUCAGUCCUGUUCCUUCUGCAAACCUAAGAAGUUCACCACUAUGACAGUUACACUCAAUUGUCCCGAACUUCAGCCCCCCAGAAAGAAGAAGAGAAUUACACGAGUCAAGGAAUGUCGGUGUAUAUCCAUAGAUUUGGACUAGAUUCUGCAGAAUAUUAUUACAUAGGACACUCCAGGCAUAGGCAAUCGUAUUUGCCAGGAUAAGAGUGAAUGACAUAACUACCACACUGGUGGGGCUGGACACAACUGACAGAAACCAGAAUGAAUCACCCAAAACAUGGUUGGGGUGUGUGUGUGUGUGAGACUGUGUAUCUGUAUGCAGAAGUAUAUGAAUGUUCACUAUAGAGUAAAAACAUUUAAUUCAGGUGUGAAUAUCACCAAAGGCCUAUGAAACUCACAGGCUUAAUAUCAAAUCUACGAAUUAGGACCCUUCGCAUACACUCACAUUCUACCUGCUUACUGGGUUCAGUGCAGCUGUGACUUUUUUGCUAAUGCGUCAUUGGAGACCGUAUUAUUCACUUCACAAUACGAAAAGAAAUAUCAAAUAAGAGGCAUUUAGAAGAUCCCAAGCAUGAAUUUGAUCCUAAAUUUAAAGUAACCAGUGUUAAAAGGGGUGCAGCCAUAGAUGAAAACUCACUUUGGCUACAUCUAGACUACAAACCUCUUUCGAAAGAGAACGUCUAGACUGCAACCACAUCUUUCGAAAAAGC